AUGGCAGCUAACACUGUUGUGUCCAAGCCGUAUAGUAGUGGACCACAGUGUAUCGCAUGUUCAGAGAAGCAUUUCCUUUUCCUAUGUCCAGUAUUCGCAAAGAUGUCUGUCGCUCAGAGACGCGAACUGGUUUCCCAGAAGCACCUAUGCUGGAAUUGCUUCAAAUCUGGACACUUAGCAAGGAGCUGCACAUCGAAGUUUACGUGUCGGACCUGCCAUGACAAGCACCAUUCUCUGUUGCACCAAGAAGCACUUCUCAAGAUAUCGUCCACCCCAGUAAUUACGCCACAGCAGCCAAUCCAACAACCAUCCACGUCCACGGCAGUGGAACCGGCAAGACAUCCCAACCAAAACCCCCAAGUGAGUCUGUCGGUCCAGUCGAGCCGCAGCACAGUGCUGCUAGAAACGGUUGACAUUUUGGUCCUCGACCAGAAUGGUAAAAGGCAUUCCGCCCGAGCACUACUAGACUCGGCAUCCAUGUGCAAUUUCAUGACGAAAAAGCUUGCCAACUUUCUCAAUCUUCGUCGCAAGACAGUCGACAUCGCUGUAACUGGUAUCGGAGAAUCCACGAAGCAGAUCAAGUUCAAACUGACUGCUACCAUCCAGUCCAAGUUCACUCCGUUCAGUACAGCACUCGAGUUUCUAACCCUGAAGAAACCCACGAUUAAUCUGCCAACCAUCCCAGUCGACAUAUCCCAGUGGAAGCUCCCCGAAGUGUCGUUGGCAGAUCCCAAAUUCCACAUCCCUGCAGGCAUCGACAUGAUUGUCGGUGGCGAAGCCUACCAUGAGCUACACACAGGUGGUAAAGUUCCUCUUGGUGAAGGUCUCCCAACGUUGAUCGAGACAGUAUUCGGGUGGACCGUUUCUGGGAAAGUUUCUAUCCAAUCCGCAAACGUUCCGCGUGUUUGUCACCUCACCACUGUCGAUCGAAACCUAGAACAAGCGCUACAACGGUUCUGGGAGCUGGAGGCCAUCGAUUCCAAUCCAGUGUUAUCCACAGAAGAAACCUAUUGUGAAGAAAUUUAUUCCGCUACCACCACUCGCGAUUCGUCCGGUCGUUAUCUCGUUCGCUUGCCACUUACCCGUGAUCCGCUCGUCACCCUCGGUACAUCCCGCCUAAUUGCCGAGCGCCGUUUCUUAAACCUGGAGAAGAGACUUGAGCGUGAUCCACCCACCAAGGAUGCAUACUGCAGCUUCAUGGACGAGUACGAGCGCCUUGCACAUAUGCGGAGAAUCGACGAUCCAGCAGACACUAUUCCGCACUGUUAUCUUCCGCAUCACCCAGUGUUUAAAGCUUCGAGUACAUCCACCAAGAUCCGUGUUGUAUUCGACGCUUCGUGUAAGACCACGUCUGGUUUUUCGGUAAACGACAUGCAGCUAGUUGGACCAGUCGUUCAAGAGGAUCUGCUGUCGAUAGUCAUGCGUUUCCGCACCCACCAAAUCGCCAUCGUAGCCGACUGUGAGAAGAUGUAUCGGCAAGUUUUGCUACACCAAGAAGACCGUCCAUUCCAAAGAAUUCUCUGGCGCUCCAGUCCAGAUCAGCCGCUCGCAACAUACGAGCUUCAAACCGUUACGUACGGUUUCGCAUCUGCGCCGUUUCUGGCAACUCGCACCCUACACGAAGUUGCUAAAGAUGAGAAAGAGAAGUACCCGGCCGCCGUCCAGGCUGUAAAACAGGAUUUCUACGUGGAUGAUUUCCUGUCCGGCGCAGAUGACCUCCCAUCCGCAAUCCGCUUACGCAAGCAAGUUUCCGCUAUGCUCUCAGCGGCAGGGUUCCCGCUAAAGAAAUGGGCAUCCAACGUCCCUGAAGUUUUGGCCGAUGUUCCUGAAGAAGACCAAGCCAUUGCAUUGUUUCACGACCUACAAGACGAGCAAUCCGUUUCCGUUCUCGGACUAGUCUGGGAGCCGGAGUCCGACAUGCUACGCUUCAAGGUGCAGCUUCAGUUACCAGCAGCUGUUCUUACCAAGAGGAAGAUUAUGUCCUACAUUGCUGUGAUAUUCGAUCCAGCAGGGUUCAGUGGACCAGUCAUCGUCGUAUCCAAGCUUUUUAUGCAGCGUCUAUGGGCCUUGCACACAGACGAAGGACAUUCCUACGAGUGGGAUCGUCCACUACCCCCACAUCUCCAAGCUGAGUGGAAAUCCUACCAUAGUACGCUCGAAGUGCUGUCAAAUAUCCGGAUUCCAAGGUGUGUGUUCCUGGCCAACGCUAUGUCUAUCCAACUACAUUUUUUCUCCGAUGCAUCGGAAAAGGCCUACGGUACGUGUUGCUACGUCCGUUGCGAGUCUUCCAACGGAAUCAUACAAGCGCGACUACUGACGUCAAAGUCUAAAGUUGCCCCGCUAUCAAAGCUUCAAACCAUCGCCCGCCUCGAGCUGUGUGGGGCGGUCCUGUCAACCAAACUCUACAAGAAGGUGCAAAGUUCCAUCAAAAAGCCAGUCGAAGUGUUUUUCCACGUCGAUGCUCUGAACGUCCUUCACUGGCUGCAAUCCUGCCCAACCCGCUGGAAAACAUUUGUGGCAAAUAGGGUGUCCACAAUCCAAGCAUCUACCGAUGUGAAUUCCUGGAGACACGUUCCCGGAGUCUGCAAUCCAGCUGACGUCCUUUCGAGAGGUCUCAGCCCCACCGAGCUUGCAAGCUGUUCGUUUUGGUGGAAUGGUCCGCCAUGGCUAUCGCUUCCGCCUUCUAAUUGGCCGCAAAUCGACAUCCCAUCCGUUGAUCCCUACAGUUUACCCGAAGCAAGAAGCAAGGUCGCCGUGGUUAUGAUCACCACUGCCGAUCCCAAGUUCACCGAAGAGCUGUUUAGCCGUUUCUCCAACUAUUCGAAGUUACGCCGUGCUGUCGCCUAUUGGCGAAGAUAUUUCCGUGUUUUGCAAGCCAUUUCCAAGAAAAAGAAGCCGCAGCCGUUCGAGUUCCUCACUACUGAAGAUUUGCGUGAUGCAGAUGUCGCUCUAUGCCGCCUUGCGCAACAAGACAUGUUCCCUGAUGAAACUGCAGAUCUUGCCUCGAAAGAACGUGUAUCGCCGUCGUCACCACUAAAGUGGCUAAAACCAAUCCUCCACCAUGAUGGACUCAUCCGAGUUGGGGGACGCCUCAGUAAUGCUUCGAUACCCAUUGAAGUGAAACAUCCGAUAGCCCUGCUAGCCAAACAUCCACUUUCCAUUCUUCUGGCCGGAGAAUUUCAUCGAAACCUUCUGCAUGCUGGCCCGCAACUCAUGCUGGCCACGAUCCGACAACGAUUUUGGAUUAUCGGUGGCCGAAACCUAGUUCGUCAAACUUAUCACAAAUGUCUCCAAUGUUUCCGUAAUAAGCCGAUCCUGGUUCAGCAAAGCAUCGCUGAUUUGCCAACCUCUCGUGUAACACCAACUAGGCCAUUCGCCGUGUGUGGUGUAGACUAUUGUGGACCAGUCUAUAUUAAGUCACCUGUACGCAACCGAGCUCCGACGAAAGCAUACAUUGCCAUUUUUGUGUGUUUCUCAACGCGAGCCGUCCAUAUCGAACUUGUGUCCGACCUAUCAACGCAAGCUUUCUUAUCAGCACUCCGCCGUCUGGUCGCACGCCGUGGAAGAUCGAAGGAAAUGCACAGCGACAACGGCACUGCGUUCAAAGGUGCAGCGAAUGACCUUCACAAGGUAUACCAGAUGCUGAAGUCUGACCAUACCGGUCGCGAGCAGAUUUUGCAGUUCUGCGCAGAAAAUGAAAUUUCUUGGCAUUUUAUCCCACCACGUGCUCCGCACUUCGGCGGUCUGUGGGAAGCAGCCGUCAAAUCCGCCAAGCACCACCUACUGCGUGAAAUUGGCAACACGAACAUCAGCUACGAGGACAUGGGUACUCUUCUAGCCCAAAUCGAAAUGUGCCUAAAUUCCAGACCCCUUGUACCAAUACCCAACGAUCCGUCCGACCUGGAAGCCCUCACUCCGGGACACUUCCUGGUAGGAACAAACCUGCAAGCCGUCGCCGAGUGCGAUCUGACCGAAGUUCCCGACAACCGCCUGUCACACUGGGAGCUCACACAGAAGCGUUUCCAGAGAAUCUGGUCUAGAUGGUAUCCAGAAUAUCUUCAGCAGCUCCAAUCACGCGCCGCGAAAGGAUGCAAAGGCCCAGUCACCAUCGAGCCAGGGAAAAUUGUGGUAAUAAAGGACGACAACCUACCGCCGAUCCAAUGGCCGCUCGGGAAGAUAAUGAAAGUUCAUCCCGGCAAGGACGGCGUAGUGCGAGUCGUCACCCUCAAAACAGCGUCAUCCGAAGCAGUCGUCAGAGCAGUUGCUAGAUUAGCAGUUCUCCCAGUUCCGGAAAAGCCCUAG